AUGUCUUUAAACACUCAAGUUAUUUACACAAAACCUCCCACAGGAUUCCCAGUGGUUGGAGAAACUGUCAAGACAUCGAAAUCCACCAUUGACCUUGAUGCUCCUCUCCAGAAAGGCGACAUCCUCUUGAAAAAUCUUGUGCUUUCUAUUGACCCUUAUAUCCGUGGGUGUAUGCGUGACCCUGCAAUUGCGUCUUAUGCUCCAGCCUUUGAGUAUAACAGUGUCCUGGCAGGCGAUACUGUGGCUGUGGUACUUAAAUCUGACAACCCAAAAUUCAACCAAGGCGACCUGGUUUGCGGCAGAACAGGCCUCGGAUAUUUUGAAGAAUACUCGCACGUCAAAGGAACCUAUGCAGAUAGCAACUAUGUGGUGCGCAAUGACUCCAAAACCAAUGGUCUUCCAUUGUCUUACUAUGUGGGUAUUUUGGGUAUGCCUGGCCUCACCGCAUACGUUGGCCUUAAUAAAUAUGGCAGACCACAAAAAGGUGAGACUCUCUUUGUAUCGGCAGCCUCAGGUGCAGUCGGUCAAAUCGUUGGUCAGAUUGGCAAGACACUUGGACUCUAUGUGGUUGGAUCAGCCGGCUCCGAUGACAAGGUCGAAUACCUCAAAGAGCUCGGAUUUGAUGGUGCUUUCAAUUACAAGACUGAGAACAUUGAUUCAAAGUUAACAGAGCUUUGUCCCAAUGGUAUUGAUAUCUACUUUGAUAAUGUGGGAGGUACUAUGCUUGAGCAUGCUCUUGAUCAUGCCAACAACUUUGGGCGUAUCAUUGGAUGUGGCAUGAUAUCUCAGUACAAUACCCAGGACCAAUAUGGAAUACGCAAUCUUAUCUAUGUUGUGUCAAAGCGCUUGUCAUUUGAUGGGUUCGUUGUUCUGGACAAGGAGAACAUGGCAUACGAAGAAGAAUUCAUAAAAACAUGCACACAGUGGGUUCUGGAGGGCAAAGUUAAGUAUAGAGAGACAAUUGUUGACGGAAUCGAAAACACUCCUCAGGCAGUACUGGAUGUUUUCAAAGGUAGAAACUUUGGAAAGCAAAUAGUCAAUGUCGCAAAUUUGUAA